UUCUCCUCCAAAACAAACACCUCUGUCAUUCUCCCCUAUCCUCUAAAUUAGGAAUCCCAAAAUUCUCCGACGCAGAAAACCCUAAUUUCGCCGUAUCCUCCAGAUUUGAAUCUUUCAACUCCCAGCCCUCAUCCCUAUCGAUUCCAUUUCUAUUUGUUAAUUAUUUGGUAAAUCCUACACGAAAUCUGAACCGGGCGGAUUGGAUUGGGGGAGAUUUCUAGGGUUUCAAACCUCGUGCAUGGCGGACGGCACAGAUUCCGACAAGUUCGUGGAGCGGACUCAGGUCCGGCGGGGUCUGAAGCGCGAAUUUAACUUUGCAUCAUCUCAGGCUUGCUCGCUGGGCCGGACUCGGGUCCGGAAGGCCCAGAACGAGUCUCCGGUGAGUGUGAACCGCAAGAGAUUGAAGAAGGCGACGAAAACCGAGGCGCAGGAGGCGGCGAGCGGCGGCGAGAAGGUGAAGGAUGUUGAGGAAUUGGUGGAGGCUGUGAGUGAAGACGAUGCGAAAAGCGACGUGGUAGAUCUUAUGAGCGACGAGGAGCCUAGAAGCCACGUGGCGGAGUCGAAGGCCGCCGCCGGAGACGAAUUGAACAAAGGUGUUGUAGAGAUGCCUGCGGAUAAUGUUGGCUCUAUUGGUGACGGAGAUGAGGCUGAGAUGGAGGAGUUGAAGAAGACUGAGCCAGAAAAGCUCGAUUUGGUUGGAGGAGAGGUGAUUGCGGUUGAGAAGCCGAUUAUGAUGUACAGUAGGUCGGCGUCGCGGCGUAGGAGCCCAGUGGCUGAGGCUAAGCUGACAGAGAAGGUCGGCGAGGACGAAAUGAAGAGUGUUGCCGUGGAUGUGGUUGCUGAAAAUGAAGGCAAUGCCGGUUGUGGUGGUGAUUCUGUGAAUGAAGACGAGCCGAAGCAGGAGAAGUUGAAGAAGAGUGAGUCUGAGCAGACUCUGGUGGAGAUGGACAUCCUUAAUCAAGGUGAUAUGGUGGAAUGUGAGGUGAGUGAAGAGCGGGAUACUCGAUCGGAGUUAGAGGUUGAUGAAGACCAAGUGGUUGAAGAUGAAAUGAAGAAUGGUGUAGAGGAUAUGGUUAUUGAUGAUGCACCGAUUACGGGUGGUGUUGAUGAGUCUGUGACUGGCGAUGAGCCUAAGCAGGAGGAGUUGAAGGAGAGUGAGUCUGAGCAGCCUCUAAGGAAGCUGGACAUCCUUAAUUUGAGUAAGAAGGGUGAUAAAGUGGAGAGUGAGGUGAGUGAAAAGCCGCAGAGGAGGUUCACUCGGGCCGCAUUGAAUGUUGAGGAUGAAGCUCUAGACUUCAAUACUGUUUCAGAGGAAAGCUCAUCAGUUGAGGCGGAGAUGAAAAUGCCAAAGACUGUGAAGAAGUUCAAACUGUCGGAGCUUCUUAAAACUGGCAUUCUCGAGGGGCAGCCAGUGACUUACUGUAAAGUGUCAAAGGGAAGAAGAAAAGCUGCAGAAAAAGGGCUCACUGGAGUGAUAUCUGGUUCUCUUAUAUUGUGUCAUUGUGAGCGAUGCAAUGGAACUGAGGCUGUUUCACCAAAUGAUUUUGAGUUGCAUGCCAAAAGCACAAAUAAGCGUCCUCCUGACUACAUAUAUCUUGAGAACGGGAAGACCCUUCGGGAUGUCUUAACAGCAUGCAAUUCUUCAUUGGAAACCUUGGAAGAAUCUGUCUGCCUUGCUGUUGGGUGCUCAUCUAUUAACACAUGUAUCAUCUGCCUCAAUUGCAAAGGAUCUAUUUGCAAGGGUGAUAGUAAAUCAGCAUUGCUCCUUUGCGGCCACUGCUUGGAGUUGAAAGAGACCAACGCUAAUAUUUCUGUAGCUGGGAAGCCUUCUGAUGCUCGGAAUGAUUGUUCUGAAUUACCAAAGUUAGUUUCAGUUGCAACCUCUCCUGAUACUGUCACAAAGUGUCCUGACGCCGUUCCAGAGUGUCCUGACACCAUGCCAGUGUCUCCUGGUAAUGUUUCAAAGUUUCGUGGUACUAUCUCAAACUGCCCUGAUUCCUCUUCAAAGUGUCCUGAUACUGUGCUGAAGAUUAGGUCCUCAGCAAGUAAAAGUCGAGGAAGAGUAACUAAAAAGGACAUCGGGAUGCAUAAGUUGGUUUUUGAGGAUGAUAAUUUGCCAGACGGGUCUGAAGUGACUUAUAUUCAUAAUAAAGAGAAACGGGUUGGCGGCUAUAAAAAGGGGUCUGGCAUUGUGUGUAAUUGCUGCAAUAAAGAGGUUAGCCCCUCGCAGUUUGAAUCCCAUGCUGGCUGUGCAUCACGUCAACCGAAAAAAGUUUGUGUUCCGACAUCUCUUAACAAUCACCUGAAAAGACUGUCAUAUUAUGUACUCACUGGUCUUGCACUGACUAAUUCUAGCUGUCACAUGACCUAUCAAAUCAUGAAAACCACCGUGGGUUGGGCUCUUUUUGGCUACCACAACAUUUUCUUAUCUAAUGGGGUAUCUCUUCAUGAGUUCUCAUUGGAGCUUGCAAGACAACGGAACUUAUCUACUGAGGAUUGUGAUGACCUUUGCCAAACUUGCAAAAAAGGAGGAAAGGUCAUACGCUGCAAUAGUUGCCCAAGGGUUUAUCAUGCAGGGUGCCUACCAACUGUCCCUAAUGGUACUUGGUACUGUAAACUUUGCCAGUCUAUGUUUGAUGGCAAGAAAGAUCUGGAGAAUAAUGCCAAUGCUAUUGCAGCGGGAAGGGUUGCAGGAGUUGAUCCUAUAAAACAAAUAACCAACCGUUGCAUUCGUAUUGUCCCAGCUUGCGAUGAAAAGUUUGGUGGAUGUUCACUGUGCAGUGGCCAUGAAUUCAAAAAUGAGGGUUUUGGUCCUGGCACAGUUAUUCUAUGUGAUCAGUGUGAAAUGGAAUUUCAUGUUGGAUGUUUGAAGGAAAACGGAAUUGUUGAUUUGAAGGAAGUUCCGAAAGAAAAAUGGUUCUGUCAUCCAAACUGUCUCAAGAUUUAUUCAGGUUUGCAGAAGCUGGUAGCUCAUGGUCAACAGAAGCUUCCAGAGUCCCUCCUGAAUGUUGUAAGGAAGAAACACAAUGAAAAAGGUCCUGCGGAUGGGAGUCUUGAUAUAAAAUGGAGAGUGCUCAGUGGGAAAACGUCUACUGGCGAUGAAAGCUCACAGUUACUCUCCAAGGCUCUUGCCAUCUUUCAUGAUCAAUUUGCUCCUAUUGUUGAUAAGGAAUCGGGCCUCGACUUCAUUAAGGAAAUGCUUUAUGGAGGGGCCAUAAAGACUCAAGAAUUUGCUGGGAUGUACUGUGCAAUACUUACAGUCAAUGAGUCGCUUGUUUCAGCUGCUAUGUUUCGUAUCUAUGGGACAGAUGUGGCAGAGCUUCCUCUAGUGGCAACAAGCGCUGAUUACCAAGGACAGGGUUACUUCCAGACCUUAUUUUCAUGUAUUGAGAGGUUUCUUGCAUAUUUAUCUGUGAAAAUUCUUCUGCUGCCUGCUGCUGAUGAGGCAGCAUCCAUAUGGACAAAGAAAUUUGGUUUUCAGAGUCUAGACCAGAGUGAGAUACACGAGUACAGGAAACGUUACCCUAUACUGAUUUUCCAUGGAACAUCAGUGCUGAAGAAGUCAGUCCCCAAGUGCAGAUAUGUUGGUUCGCAGGAGAGUAAGAAGGAGAAGGCAAAGGCUGAAUCAUCGUAGAUUAGUUGGUUUGAGAUGGAGAAGCUAAUAUUUUGUAGAGCGUACCCAAAGCAUGUACAGGACUCCCAGGUUUCAUGGUGUACAGUAAAGCAGAUGGUAUAGCUUAACUAUACAGUAGGUUAGGUUUCUUUUUGGGCAGAUAUAGAUAUGGGAGACAUUGAUUUCCUCAGAAGAACCUUGGGGGGAGCAUGUAGCUACAAGGACACUUUGAGGGAGUUUUGAAAUAGAUUGAAAACUUGAAAGAUAGAAAAUUGGAGCAGGUCUCUCUCCAAAGACACCUAAAAUGUCUCUCCAUUGGCUUCCAUUUUUGUAGCUUUUGUGUUUGUCUGAUGUCUUAGGGCGAU